AUGUUUGUGUCCAACAAAACGAUACUUAUGAUCAUUGCCUUUGUCAUGGUAUAUCUUUCACAGUGCGUGAGGACGUCACCGACUUUCCCUGGUGCAGAAGAAGUGACGGAUGAAGUACGAACCUGCAAAAUUGAAGUUAAAACGGUAGGUAUGCCUUUCUAUCAUAUAAUUACAGUACUUAAAUAUUUGCCAGCAUAAGUCGAACAUAACUAUAAACAUUACUGUAGUAAAAGUUUGGUAUAACGAAACCUUUCUAUAAUAAUUUCUAACUCAUUUCCGGCUGAUAUGUUCUCAUAAUUAUUCCUGGUUUCUUUGUUUAUGUCAAUAAAAAGCGAUUAACAUUUACCCCAUUCUACCGCUACACUUAAUCCGGCCCAAAUCUAUAAAACAUUUAAAUAGAAAAACAAAAAACUAGUUAGGCUACGAUUACUGUAAGCAAGGUUGACGUCUUUCUUUCUUUGUCAAAUUAGAAAUUUUUACAAACACUUCCAUUGUAAUUAUUAAUGAAAACGCUAAUAGGAAGUUGCAAAUCUGUAGUAGACACUUUCCCAUGCGGUAGCCUUUGGUUUAAUUUAUAGUCUUUUAAAAUCACAAUGGUUUCUUGUAAUUGGGACCGUUCACUACACCACACUCUUGAGGGUUCUUUGAUGUUAAGGCUUGUACAAACUCAGUAUUAUGGCACUUAUAAACCAUAUAAUCUUUGCGUUUUUUAAAUUCUUUUGAUAAUUGAUAAAUUGUAGUUUGAAGUGCGAGCGUCUAAUCAAAUAAAUUUUGUCACGUUUUAGUUACAGACAUUAUCUACGACCUGAUCGUCUAGUCUUUACGUUUUUUAACUCGGACUCAGCUCAUUUAAACGUCUGGCGCCGCUCGCGGUUUAAGAAAUCGCCAAGUUUUGUCUCGACUGUUUUUGGAAUUUUGCGAAAGGUCACGCGGCUGAUUUAGAACAUUACAUCUUGAUAUUAAGGUUCUCAAUGGAUAGCAAGUCUGCGUAAACAAAUCCUUAUUGUUUUCGUCUGGCUAGCGGUCAAGCACAGAAGGUAAACAAGGCUAAGACAGAUACUUUGAUCUUCCGAAUGCUACAAUUUGUACGUCAUUAGGCAUACUGUGCCAUUUUGGGUAAAUAUAGAACCAUGUAUCUAUAUAUUAGGACACAUGUAUUAUGCAUGUAAAGCAAACAAUACUGUAAGCUAAUGUGCAGUUAUUGUUCACUUUAAAUGAGUAGGUACACAAAGACUCGCUUUCCGGAAACGUUAAUUAGUAGAUAAUUAUAGAUAAGGUUUUUUUGUUAUCACAACCUCUAUUUUAGUUAAGAUUUACACUCUUGCCCUUACAGAAUGACAUCAAAGAGUAGCAAAAAAUGGUCUUUAAAUUUUAUUUUAUUGAGGUUCGCGCAAACACUAAAACCGUCUAGACGGUCCCUCAAGGUUACAAUGUAAUGAAAUGUUAACAAAACCAGUGUUUGCACAUAGUACUCCAGAAGCACUUUGUGAUACUUAAACUACGGUAAUCACUCAUGACAUUUAACCAAGGAAUUAGGGCAUUAAUAGCAAGGAAUCACUAAACCCUUUAUCUAUGUCUGCACAAUCCGAGAAACUGUGUCGCAGAACUCUAAAAAUACCGAGAUUAAGAAGGGUAACGGUAAAAAGUGUUCCGAGGGGCCUUCUUAGUCUGGGCCUAAUUAUAAGCUACGCUGAUUAAUCCGACGGCUCUACUCAUAAUGUAUGCUACAAACAUGGUUUUUACUUUUUGAUACUUACAAUACCUUGAUAAUACUUACAUUCGGGACAUUUAAAAACUUAAAAACUAUUUUUAUUCAUUGAUCAGGCUAUUACCUAAGAAGCUGUCUAAGUCUUCAAGAUUAACCUUAAAAUUGACAUUAUAUUGGCAUAUGACGCUGUGGCACGACUGAUUUGUUUGACAUCAUAAAAACAGAUUUUAAUUUAGUCAAAAACAUAUUUUAAUACUCCUAAAUAUUAAUCUUGUCCUCUUUCAGACUGUAACCCACGAAGGCCAAUGUGUCAGACUUCGAGGUCAAAUACCAGCCUGUCAGUCAGACGGCUACUUGGACAUUCAGUCGGAUGAAUGUAAAUAA